AUGGCUUCCGGCAGCCAGCUCUCUACGAUGCCAAGUCCGCCCGUCCAUCCACAAGACACGACCGAGGAGACGGCUGCAGCACUCAGAGCUAGCGCCGUGAUCGGCAGAAAGCUGGACGCUUUGCUAGAGCAGAACUUGUUUCAAGAGCAGUUCCCUGCGAUCGGCCAGCAGAUCUCAAAUUUUAGGACUGCCUUCUCUGCAGCCAAGACCGAGUUCAUUGGAGAUUCGUGCCGUCUUCUUCCCCAUAUUCAAGACGGACAAGACAAUGAGAACGACAAGACUGCCGAGCUCCAACUUGCCAUCGCUCUCUUUCGACAGCGUGCCAGAUUCGCUGAGGAUUUCAUCGCCAAAAAGCACGAGGAAGCUAGCACCCUCCAAAGCACCGCCCUCAAGCUGCUGGCAGACGGCUUCCAGAGCCACCUUGGUCGGCCCUCCCUACAGCCGCUGAUCGGCAGCGAGGUGCCAGUUCUGUUACUGUCGUUCGGAGGUCCUUCUAUCGGCCAUUCAAAGCAUCCGCUCCAGACGAAGGUCGAGUCUCGAGCUCUACAAGGCGAUGACCAGAGCAAGGCAGGUGGUGAAGACGUAGGCUGCGAGGAGGAAGAGUGGUUCGAAGAUCAGCAGAUCAUCGCCACGAUCAAGCAAUCCGAGAGAGCACUACGCCAGCGACGCUUGCGGAAAGCCCCAGAUGCCGCAACUGUAUUCGGAGUGGCGAGCAUCGACAAAGCAUCUCGCCCAGGAAAAACAAGCAACACGAGGACUAGUGUUGGCGACAUCGUGCUGGCCGGCCAGGGCAAGCUUCUUAUCGUGACGACAUGGCUCCCCAAGGCUCCAAAGGCUCCGAAGCUAAGCGUCCACGGACAAACCAUUACUGUCGCUUGGCAUCAUGAGCGCGAGUCUCCAGAGGAGCUGGUCAUGCCGACAGUCGGCUUCACUAUCAAGCACCGCCGUCGGCUCAACCCGCUCAAGGAUGGUGCUUUCCCUCGGGCCACCGAGAAUGAGCAGGCCACAGAGGUUGACUGCGGUGCUUCCGACACGAGCGUAGAGCUUUGCUCGCUCUCCGAUGACUGCGACUACGAGGUUGCGCUCAACGUACAAACAACGGUGGGCGUCUCAGAAUGGAGUGUCUUCUCCGUGGCCCGUACAGCCAGGCUGCCGUCGGUCGUUUCUGAGAUGGUGGACUUCUUCGACAAGAACAAGCUAGCACUCUCGAAAACCGACCCUGGAACGCAGGACAAGCCUUGGGAACUGGAUGCUUCCAGCAAUGGCUGUCGCAAGCAAACCCUCUUCCUGGGUCUCACCGAAUCAUCGCGGCGCUGUAGCAGGGAUGGGCUAUUUCAAAACGAGGUUGCCAUCCGCAUCGCCGAUGUCGCUGCCGCAUUCAAACCCGAGAUCAAGGCUGCUCCUAUUGAUGACCACGACAAUACCGUGGUGGCCGUUUUCGCGGGAACCAGCGGACAUGGCAAGAGCACUGAGAUUAACGCAUUCGUUUCGUUCCUUUUGGGCGGCGAGGUAGACGAUCCGACGAGGAUCAUGGUCGUGGACGACCGCGGGAUCCCACAGUCGGGGUCAGUGACGCAAAUGGUCACCUGCUUCAGGAUCCGACCGUUCUCCCCCCUGUUCCAGGGCAAAACACUGCUCAUCGUCGACACGCCAGGCUACGGCGAUUCCCGAGGCAUCAGCCGCGACGCCUUUGUCACAGCAGCCAUGUCCGAGUUCUUCAACACGAUCAAGCAUGUCAACGCCAUCAUCUUCACUUGUCGCGCCAACGAGGCGCGCACUACCUUUCUAGGCCUCAUCUCGACCUACGUCUUCUCCCUCUUUGCCAAGGAUGCUCGCAGCUGUCUACGUACCAUUUAUACCUUCAGCGACGCUGGAAUCCCGCUUGCUCGCGGCGCCCUCACCGAACUAGGGUGGCCGGUCGAGAACGGCGAGAUUUCAGUCAACAAUAGCGCAUUCACCAUGGAGCUGGAUGGCGGCCAGGACGACCGAGCGGUCCGCGAGGGCUGGAUCCAGUCCGUCAGGGGCCAAUUCCAGCUGAUCCAGGCUCUCCUUCGCGCGCCAGCCAUACCAACGGAGAAGAGCGCUCAGGUGACGAAAAAUCGCGUCUUGCUUGAGCAGCAAUGCGAGCUUGCGGAGAAGAAGAUUCUCCGUACUGCCAACGAUGCCCAGCAGCUGAACGCCCACAUGGGUGCACUCGCCGAGGCCGUCGGAGCAGCUCCGGGCGAAAAGAUCGAGGUGACCGAGGUCCGGGCGGCCCACAGGCCCAUCACAAACGGCAAGGCAACAACCCUUUGCCUCGACUGCCACAUUACGUGCCAUGAAAUCUGCAAACUCUAUAAUGAUGAAGACAAAGCAAAAUGCUCUAGUAUGAGGAACGGCAAGUGUACAGUAUGCGAGGGAGAGUGUGACUGGGACAGACACAAAAACGCCACAUUCACCAUCACCGCCCAUCCAUACACCACCUGGGUGGUGCCUGAGGACUUGAUCCGUCACUGGAGCUCCAACAAUAACACACUUGAAGGUGCUCUCAUCACUGCCAUGGACACAUACCUCAAGUUUCAGGAAAACCUACGGCGCGAUAUCCUGGACCUUGCCACGCUGAGCGAAGAGCUCACAAAGACGGCCCUCCUCCACGACCCGACCAACUUGAUCAAGUACAUCGACACGAUUAUCCAGACGUCGCGGGUGCAGGGCGCCCCCGCCACGCACCUGGUCCAGCUGGCCACGGCCAGAAACACCCUGGUCCUUGUGCGCGAGGUCAAGGCCAAGGGACAGUGGGCGACUCGGGACCCGAUGAUCCUAGCUCAGGUCAUAGGCUCCGUCCGCAAGGAGAUGGACCGGAGAAUGAAGCUCUCCCCUAAAGAGCGGGCGGCGGAGGAGGAGAGGCCGUGCAGCCUGUACAACGAUCUUCGCGACGGCCUGCCCGCCGAGAUCAAGAGCAAGGCCCCGCCCAAGCUCGAGGGGCGAGGCUUGAGGUCGAACGGCGCGCUCUAUCCGGAGAAUCUGAAGGCGAUCGUGAAGCUGGUGCAGCUCGUGCUGACGGACGGCGGCGUCGUGGCUGCGCUGGCCGCUUCGGGUCAUAAACUGGAGAAGUGA